GAGCAGGCGCCGGUGAACGUUUGUUGAUGAACCAAGAGAGAGAGGGAGAGAGAGGGACGAGGUCGAGUCUGUCCUCUUAUUCCAACCAACGUUAGUAGCUAGCCAGUCUUUUCACUUUUUCUUUUCGGAUAUUAACCAUGGGUUCGGAGUUCAAGAUAACAGAAAAACAGUAUAAUGACGCGAACCAGACGUUUAACUUGUUUGAUAAAAAAGGCGAUGGGACAGUGAGUACGAAGGACUUAGGUCAAGUUUUUAAAGGUCUAGGUCUACAGGUCGAAGGUCAGAAGUUGAAAGACUGGGCAGAUGAGGCGGACGAGGAAGCCUGUGGAUUCAUCAGGUGGGAACAGUUCAAGCCAAUUUUUGAGCUCAAACUACGAGAGGACGAGGACGAGCGAGAGUUGAAAGAGGCAUUCCGAGUUUUGGAUAAAAACAAUAAGGGCGUCAUUGCUGUAGAGGAUUUACGGUGGAUCUUACGGUCACUAGGCGACGACCUGACUGACGACGAGAUUGAAGAUAUGAUCCAGGAGACAGACACUGAUGGAAGCGGUACAGUCGAUUAUGAAGAGUUUUAUCAUCUGAUGAUGGGCUGAGCACUCGUCACACCAAGCAUUGGGAUUAACAUUCGGAUUAACAUCAUUCGGAUUAACACCAUAGCUGCUAGCUCACCCAUGGCUGUCGCUACCACUCUUAGCCUCACUGCUGCUAGUGGCUACCACUCCACUAACUCUUGCUACCUUACACUCACCAUAACACACCACCACAAACAACCAAUAGAUCCAUUUCAUUCUCUUGUUUACUGCGUCACUAUUUUGUGUGUAUACGUAGAUUCGUUUUGAUUUACCAGUCACUUGUUGUGUAUAUUAUUUAUACACAAUAAGUGAACGUG